AGCCAAGGUGGAAUUUCUUGGAAGUCAGUGUUCAACAUCUUGCAUCUGCCGGAGACACAGUGCGCAAACACCGGGACGAUACGGUCACACGGGCCGGCGGAGACGUCCACCACCGGAAGGGCAUUUGCGGACAAAAAGGAACGUAGCAAGCACGAACGCUUCCUUUGCGGACAUUGCCUUGAAGUGGGGCCGGUGUUCGGGAAAAACUUGCUUCACAACGAAACACCUACGACACCCCGGCAGAGAAUCGAUAUCGUUUCACCACCGACAACGAGGGAAUCGCUGCUAAUCGAUCGAUAAUGACAAACUAACAGCGAACGAACGGAACGAAGUGCACGGGAGCGCUUUACACGGAACGGUCGGUCGGUACUGAAAGGUGCCUAAGGUCAAGGGCUGCGUCGAGAUUACACCCCACAUGUGCGAAGGAAGGAAGGCAGCGAAACUGGAACACUAAACAAUCGUCAGUCUCGCACGUCACUACCCGGCACAAGCAAGUGUCCACAGCGCUGCAAAGCAGAGUUCCGUAAACGGUGACAUUGAGAAGAAAUAAACCGUCACACACCGGCCCUCAUACACACCCAAGAGCCUGUGCAAGUAUGUUCUCUCGCAGCAGCAGCAGCAAUACGUCCCGAGGGACAACUUCCGUCAUGGUCCUUGGGGUACUGCUCGUGCUCCUAACACUAGCCACGAAUCGAAGCCUUUGCAGUGUAGCACCACACCAUCCGGCCACUAUCAGCGUUACCUCCAGUGAACCCACAGCCAGCAGUAGCAGCAGUCUUCUCACCACCAGCGACCCCAGCAACCUCACCGACCGAUCCCAUCCGCCCGAGGAGCCGGAAGUUACAACGGUACGCACCGACCCGUCAACCGUGACGGGGCCACGUACAGCGGACACCGCAUCCCAAAGCGAACAGUCGCCGGUACCGCCCGAAGGUCAGAUACCGCUGGAACGGUUGCCCUCCAACACGCUGCUCAAGUACACCGCCUACAAGGACGUCUCGAUACUGCACUUUCGCAUACCGACCGACACCCGUACGGCCUUCUUUAGCUUUAAGGCUUACGAGGAAUCCAAAGGUGCCUUCCAGCGCAACUGCAAACCGAACGAUAUUACGCUGCAUCUGAAAGCGGGCAGCUAUCCGGUCAUCAGUCCGGAAAACAUCACAUUCCCCAAGCACUUUCUAGACGCGGAGGAACGAUUUGAAAUCCACAGCCUACAGUUCAAGUCGGACAGCACAACGCGCCGGCUGAGCAUUGAAGGGCCACAUCCGGGCAACUGGUUCGCCGUGGCAUUCAUCAGCUGGACCGAUCCGAACAACGAGCGUAUAGAGCAGCAAGGUCUUGCUGCAUCCUGCGAAACAUUGCUGAUGUCGGAGAUGUCCGUGACGAAUGCGGUGCCGCAGAUGCUUAACGUGGACGUUCGUCACGAGGGAACACUAACCGCCGACCAGCAGGAACCCAAAUCCUUCAAGUUUUUCGUCCCGAGCAACGUGUCGAUCGUAACGUGGCGCUUUUCCAUCACGCAACCCUGCAUGAACUGUACCGAUGUGAGCUUUCAUGUGCAGGCGAGCGCACUGCCGACGGUGCGUAACUAUCUGCAGAAUGCCAUCAUCUGUCCGAACCAAACCGGCGACGUAAGCAUCGAUUUCUAUCCUCACGAAAGUGCCUGGCAUUACGUGGAUAUGGACUUUAUGCGUGAAAAUCCACCCAACGGUAGCGGUACGAUCGUGGCGGGGUUUCACAUCAACGACACGAUCGGAUCGGACGCCAUGAAUCAAACCGAGGAUAGGAAGAAGGAAGGCCCUACCAGUGUGCCAGAGGCGCAGGCGUUAAUGUACACGGUGGAGCUAGUCUAUCAUGCACAUGAGAGCGUCCCAGGUACCGCGCCAACGAUGACUCCGUCCACCGAGGAACCUACCCCGGACACUGUCGAGGCGGCCGAGGAGAGUGAUACCCUGACGACAGACACCAAGUCACUGCCGAAUCGGAGUUUCGACCGCUACCCAGUGCUGCGACAAACGUACCGAGAGUUCUUCAUGUUUGACUACGAUCUGCUGCCGGAUGUGAAUGGUACGGUACCGGUGACGCUGAACCUUACCGCCGGCAUUCCCGCACUGAUGAAGUUCGACGUGAACGAUGUGUAUGAUAUUGGCGGUACGCUUAGCUUUGCCGUUGCCAUGCGGCAAGAUCUGAAGGGCAGUUUGAUCGAUGCACGGCACGAAUCGACCAACGAACAUGCCGGUGUGGUGGCCGAGAAGUUGAUCGACAUACAGGAAGAAUUCGUACCGGAACUUCCGGCGGCAAUGACAACGACCACCACGACGACAACGUCCACCACCACGACGACGACUACGAUGGCACCGAGCACUGGCGACUCGGACAAAACCAAACAGAGCGCCGGCAAGGCUAACCAAACCGUCAUCGUGUGUUUGCGGCUCGAGGAACCGGGCAUUCCUACCUGGCCCGACAAGUGCGUGUACGGACGGCACAUCUAUCCGGCCGCGAUUGUCAUCAACAACACGGAUGCGGACACGAACACGGGCCUGGUGCACGUACCGUUCCCCGAGCCGGGCAGCUGGUACGUCACCUUGGGUCUCUUCUGUCACGGCUCGGAAGCAACCGCACGGUCGACAAUCAUCGACAGCGUGAAGGACUUUGUACGAUCGUACCGCUCCACGCUGGACGCAAUGCGUCCACCGUGUUCCUGCACCGAUCGCUUGAGCUACUACCGCAGCUGCCUGGCGGAUGACGCGUGCUUGAGUGUGCUGAAUGAAACGGAAACGCUCAAGAUCAAGGAGUGCAUCAUGGAUGCUAAAUGUACCGGCAGUCGCUCCGAUGAGAUGGCGCGUAAGUUCGAACUGCACCACAAGUACGCCACGGAACAGAGCGUGCAGGGUGGGGUCGCCGACGCUACGUGCAACUCCAGCGUAGUCUUCACCAUCUCCUCCAGCCCGUGUGUGGCUGGACGAUGCGGACGGUUCGGGCGUUGCUACCACUACAUGUCCGGCGGGUUCGUCUUUUCCACGUGUCUGUGUCUGCGCAACUAUCGUGGAUGGGACUGCACCGAAGACUCACAGGUACCGUCGAGUGCGUCCAUCCUGCUCGCCUCCCUGAUGCUGACGCUGUCCAAUCUGCUCUUCCUGCCGAGCAUCUUCUACGCCGUCAAGCGCGGCUACCACAGUGAAGCGAUCAUCUACUUCUUCGCCAUGUUCUUCUCCGCGUUCUACCAUGCGUGCGAUUCGGGCGAGGAGGAGUUCAGCUUCUGCCUGGUGAAGAUAGGCGUGCUGCAGUUCUGUGACUUUUACUGCGGGCUGCUCGCCAUCUGGGUCACGCUGAUCGCCAUGUCCAACAUUCGGCACCAGUUCGUGUCGCUGCUGCACAUGCUCGGUGCGAUCCUGCUCGCGUUCGGCACUGAGCUGAACAAGCAAUCGCUCUGGGUGUUUCUGGCACCGGCCCUCACCGGCAUCUGUCUCAUCUCGGUCAGCUGGGGCUUACGGUGCCGGAAGACGAAGCGAUGUUUCCCGGCCCGCAGCUACCUGGCCCUGUACCUGCCGAUCGGCAGCGUUCUCGUGAUGGUGGGGUUGGUGUGCUUUGCCUUUCUCCAGACGAAGCAAAACUAUCACAUCGUCCACUCGAUCUGGCACAUGGUGAUGGCGCUCAGCAUCCUCUGCCUGCUGCCGGACCGCAAAACGUUCCACCCGAAGUGCUAGCAUACGGUGAGAAUUUACCUGCUCAACUCGGGCUCACCCUCCACGUCGACACAGUCCCAAUCGUCCAGCUCGAUGUCGACGUCCUCCACCACGUCGUCCUGCUCUACAGCGGCCUCCCUGCCGGCGAACACCACCACUACUACGGCUAGCUCCACCGCGGCUGUGAUAUCUCCGUCGUCUCCGGUGGCGGCCCCAUGUACGGUGUCCACGAUCACCGACGAACAGGGUACGAUCGUGCGCCGACCCCCGGUGGAGGAGCAAACCGUGCCGUAGAGCCGACGUUAUUCCCCUUUUUUCGCACACACUAACGCACUCGUAGGCACGAGAUGGCACCGGAAGCGCUCCAACCAUCUAGUGCAGAACACUUGUAGCAGUUAUAUUGGUAAACAGAGCACUACAACACCACCCAAUUCCCAACGUUUGAUGUUUUGUCCCCUGGGGAACUAGGAAAGGUGGUUUCGCUCCUUCCGGGGGCGAUUCACUUCCUUCCCGAUAUGAUGUGAUCAUUAUCAUCCCAUGUUUUUUGUCCGCAUAGGUGUAUAUGGAUGUAUGUCUCUAAGUGUAUGUGUGUGUGUGUGUGUGUAUGUAUGUAAGUGUGCUUGGAGGAUGGUGGGAGCGGCAGGUGUUUGCUAGCUAGCAACGUAGUAAUAUAUACGCACACAAGAGGACGUGUGAGGAGAUUUUAGCUCAAAUCCGUGUGAUUCUCGUCCACAUUCCGUGUGUGCUAAGAGGAGAAGCAGUGGCGGUCGAUGAAGCAACGUAUUAGACGAAUGCAGGAAAGGAAUAUUUCUCGUACUCACACAACUCACUAUAUUUAAAAGCGGGAGCUGAUUUACACCGAUCGAUCGACCAUUGUUUGAUAAAUUCAUACGUGCCUUGCUGUAGUAGAAGUGAAAACCGGAAACCCGAAGCAGAGAGUUUGCGAACGACAUUGAAAUUACGGAAGCCUUUUUGAACGGACGGAUGGGUGGAAUGCAUCGAAACUACUACGCGGCACUGGGUAAGUGCACGCGUACACUAUUAAUCCAACACCGGGUAUGAAGCUUUUACAUCUUACCAAACUUCUCGUCGUUGUUCAAGCCACUGUCUAUCCGGUACGUUUGUUUCGUUCCGUUUGCGUUCCCCAACUUGAUACGAUGCACCCCGUUUUCGUACACGAAUUUUGCGCACAAACACAACUUCACAACCAAUUAGGGAACUAAAAGAAACAGAACAAAAUCCGAAAAUAGUGUAAGAAUUAUGCUAAGGCGAUGGAGAUGGAACAGAAAACAGAUAAAUUAAUGUAACUUUACCCGUAGUGAGCCGUGCGCCGACAGGAAGCGUAAAAGACAGGAGCUACUAUUUACUAUGUCCGCUACAGUGACAAACUCUUCGUGAAGUUUGCUUGUCUAAAAGCAUAGAAAAAAGAACAAAAACAAAACACAUUUGAUAAGAAAAAAAAUAACUGAAACUAGUAAAACGAACAGAAAAACUUGCCAGCCAUCAUCCCAAUCCACUCUACUCGAUCGUUGCCGCUCGCACGAUACUGGAACUUCUUUAUGGAGCAAUAGGCAAGGAUGGGAGGACACAUUUCACAUGUCACUUUACAGCGCUUAACGAAUAAGAACUUACGAACCAUUUACUGAACAUAACUAAAAAAUGGCCCCCGGCUAGGAAUAUUUUGUGAGAAGUUAAUUUAUACCUAACAGAAUAGUAUAGACAAACACGAAAACUCAAUGUAAAGUACAGUGAACGAACUAAGCGUGUAUGACAUGCCAAUAGAUGGUGUUUUGUUCGUGUUUCGGCACUUUAAUCUGGCAUCUUUUAUACGAGGCAUUAUAUAUUACUAUUCGUAAUCCCGUAAUCCCACACUCACACAGCCACAAAACAGUUACCAUGGAUUGUAAAUCCGCUCUAUAAAAGCUAAUUUAAUCACAUGCACAUGAUGCAAACAGUGUUCAGAUUUCUUUAUGAUUCGUUCUUAUUUUAACAAAAAAAAAUUGGCCCCCGAACCGAGACGACUUUCGCGGAAAUGAAAAGCAAUUGUAAAGACUGUAAUCUUCCAACGUACGUUCACUGUUUCUGCUGGUUUACUUUCGACUGUACAUCACACACGGCCCUCGCGCACAUCAAUCCUCGCGUUGGUGCUCAGCAGCAGCGUUCAAAAAGUGUAUGCGUAAAAUAGAGCAUAUUGUAUGACAGGAAGUAAAGGGUUUGGUUUGUUUAAAACAAAAACUGGGUUGACGGAACAACACAAAACUAACAAAUGAAAUACCAAAGCUAUCGUCUCUCCGAAUCCCGUCCGAGGGCGAAACCAUUAUAGGACACGCGAGUGUGGAUAGAUGUAACAAAAUGGUAAAACGGAAAGCGGGAAAAGCAAAUGUUCUCGCAAAACUUUCAGUUUUAAAACACGGCACAUGGAAAAAUGAUGAAUGAAAAAAAAAUAAAACUUUGCACAACACAGCAUUCACCUACACAUGAACGCGAGGCAAGCGAACGAAACAAGUGAAUGGGUACCGCCGAAGUGCGCGUAUAUCUCGCUGUACGGGGUUUCCUUUGAUUCCCAAAAAAAAUCGCAUUCCAUUGCUAUCACUCAUCAAACGCAGAGAACUACUGUUUAAAGU